ACGAGUGCAGCACAUACUUGAUACUGCACAGAAAGAAGCAGGGCCCUCUAACCCUAUUUUCUCACAGAUUCAUCAUCUUCUGGAACGGUGAAAAUCUUAUCAGAGGGAAGAAAAAUGGCAGCAGGGCAAGAGAAUGUUAAGCACCUUGAGGAGUGCUCGGUUGCCAACGCACUAGGUACAUGGGUUUUCUCAGUUGCAGGAGCUUUGCUUGCAAUUCCAGUUGGGAUAAAACGAAAAUCAUUUGGACCCCUUGUGUUCUUUGGUACAACAGGUACAAUGCUUGAUAUUAUAAUGGGGAUUACUCAAUGUGAAAGAGAACACGCAGAACGCCAGGCAAAGCUACUAGAAGCCCAGAAUUCUUCUGGGGAUGCAUCAUUUACAGUAACAGGAUCUGAGUCUUGAUCUCGAGCUCACACAGUCGUGUACCUCAUGGUUCAACUUGCUUGCCAUCAGAACCUAAUGCUCACACAGAAGGUGGAUUGGCUUCUCCUUUUUGUUACUUUGCGGUGAUUUUGUAUUCUGCUUCUUACAGUCCUGUUUUUCACUUUAAAAUAGUUGAUAAUGAUGUAACUUCGUAUUUUGAUCAGCCAAGAAGACUUCAUUUUUUAUAAAAAGAAGGUUUUUCAAGAAGCUUUUUCAUUGCU